CGACGCUUUCCUUCCCCCCCUCUGUAACAUCCCGCUUCUCCGAGUCCCUUUCUGUUAAUCAUCUGUCUUUCUACAGAAGUUUGCGAUUUCUUUUCUUUUUCUCAAAACGGUUUGUCCUCUAGGAAUUUUUUCAGAGAAGCAAACUCGGAAGAGGAGAAAAAAAAAAAGUUGGAAAUUUUUUACAACGAAAGCCAGGUGUUUUCAGAAUCGAGAUCCAGGAGCUCCCUGUUUCUUUUUCCUUUGUUGGGUUUUUCUUUGCUUGGUUUGAUUUUUUUUUUUGUGUAGAAUUUCGAUCCGGCCAAGAGGGUGUCUUUUUGUUCCCUCCCAGGUUGAUCCCGUAGGCGUUUCUUGGAGCGACGGAGGUUGUGUAUUUGUUAAAACCUCUCAAACCCCCCCUUUUUGGAAAGAUUCUUGUUUUUCUUUUGGUUCUCUCGUGUUUGUUCUUCUUCUUGUUGUAAAGAAGCUUUUUGCAGAUUUUCUGGGUGUGUUGUUAUGGCAGCUACCAUGGAGUUCUACAGCAGCAGCAGAUCGGCUCUCCCAUCGUACCCGUUUUCUUCCAACGGUGGUGAUGAGCUGAUGGAAGCUCUCUGCCCUUUCAUCGGCGGCUACGAUGCUUCCACAUCUACCCCUUCUUCUCUUCCCUCCCCCUCCUACUGCUCCUCUUCUUCUUCUUCUGUCUUGUCCUUUGAGCCCGCGUCGUCGUACACCGAUGGCUGCACGAUCCGGCCGGACCCUCUCGGCCUCGAGCUGCCCGGUCCGAUCGGGCUCAACCACCUCACCCCAUCCCAGAUCAACCAGAUCCAAGCCCAGAUCCGGUUCCCGAGCCCGAGCUUGCCCCCCUGCCACGGCUACGGCUGCCACCCGAGCAUGCUUCUGGGCCCGAAGCCCGUGUCCAUGAAGGUUUCGGGCUCGGCGGCGAAAUCGGCCGUGAAGCUGUACCGGGGCGUGAGGCAGAGGCACUGGGGCAAGUGGGUCGCCGAGAUCCGGUUGCCCAAGAACAGGACCCGGCUCUGGCUCGGCACCUUCGACACGGCGGAGGAAGCCGCCCUCGCCUACGACAGGGCCGCCUACAAGCUGAGGGGCGACUUUGCCCGGCUCAACUUCCCCCACCUCAAGCACUGCGCCGCGGCCGACAUCGGCGACGGCGGGUUCAAGCCGCUGCACUCGUCGGUCGACGCGAAGCUGGAGGCCAUCUGCCGGACCCUCGCCGAGAAGCAAGCCGACGGCGCCAAGAAGCCCACGGCCUCAGGCCGAUCCCGAGCGGCCGCCGCGGCCGCAGCCGCAGCCGCAGCUGCCGCCGCUCGGGAGGUUUCUUCGGCUUCGGAGGCCUCGGAGGCGACGGAGGCAAAGGGAUCCGAGCCGGAGAGCGAAGGGUCGGCGGGGUCGUCGCCGCUGUCGGAUCUGACGUUCGAGGAUUUCGUGGAGACCACGUGGGAGUGCGUUUCGUUUCCGGAGACGUCGACCUUGCAGAAAUAUCCGUCGGAGAUCGACUGGGACGCGAUCUGAUGUCUAAAAAUUGCUUUCUUUUCCCUGUUUUUCCGUUCCUGUGUAGUCAAUUGUUAGCUUGUGUCUUUGGUAGACCAAAUUCAGGAAGGCUGGAGCGGUCGCUGCGAUGGAAUUUUUGGGAGUUGCAGUAGAGACUGCUCUUGCUGUUUGCCCUUUGUUAGAUUAUGGAUAGUCUUCCCAGAGUCAAAACCAUGUGAUUUUUAGGGGGUUUAUUUCACUGUGAUUAGUUUAGCUAAUAUCAUCAUCAUGUAACCAAGAAGUGGUGCCUUGUUCAGCAGAACCUUUUUGUCUGCUGAGCGAUGGUCGUUCUUAUGUAAUUCGUUUUGUCUAUGUAAAAUUAAUGGGUAGUAGUUCUGUAAA